UCGGCAAUUGUGUUCGGCGUCAAUCCCAAGCCCAGCAAUAGCAUCAUAUGCAGACCAGAAUUCUUGCACACUUUCCCAUCACAAAGUAAGAAGUCUAAAUAGAUCGAUGAACAAGAGUCGAUAAUGUCUCUUCAACCCAAGGAUAAGAUUUGUCUCCUGAGUCUUGACGGAGGUGGUCCAAGGUCUUUAGACAUGGUGACGCUUGAGCUUAUGCUGCGAAAUAUUACAGUUGAACCUCAAACUCCGUUUGAAUCACUAAAAGAAAUCUUUCCCGUCGAAGAAUUUAGACCCAGGUUCACUGGCAUCAAAUACCCCUACAACAACUCAUCUGCCAAAGUUGGGCCGGACUAUAUACUCCCGACCAAUACCUUCCACGCCAAGGAAGAACUCCAAUCUAACAUAUUCUAUUCGCUCUUUGACACACUACAAUGGCGAUGGAUUGAAAAUGAAACGAACCUCAGUCCUGGGGAGCCCGAGACAAUUUGGAAUUCUAAGGCGUCCCAUCUAUCAGCAGCACGAACCUGGGCAUCAUUAAUUGGUAUUGGUGGGUAUUCUCAGCUACAAUCAGUUAAUUCAUGUAUAAAUGAUAUAGACACUGUGAAUAGAUUCCUCAAGGGACGGUACGAAGAAUGGGGAAAUCUCGAGACUCCAUAUUUUCCCACCAAGAUUGACAAGUUGUUUGAUCGAGAUCAUGUUUGGGCUGUGACUCAAACCAUGGUUUCCCUCGAAACGCUCGCUUUGUGCGCCAUGCAUGUUUUGCAGGCCUACAAAGUGUAUCCCGACUUUUGGGGACGAUUAGCUUACGAAGUGUAUCCUAAGUUCUGGGGUCGGUCAUUUGAUUAUUAUCCAUCGGCUGGCGACGGGCCUACGGUCGGCCACCUUCUCUUUCACCAUUUUCAGGUCCUUGAAUUUCAUUUGAAUGUAGUCUGAUUGAGCGCGUCUUUGUUGUCAGGUCUUCGUCAAAGCGGGGUUUUUUUAUCCUCAGGUGUGCCUGCUGUACUCGACGGCACCCAAAGGUUUUUCCCCUGUUCAGUUUCGAGAAGAUUAAGGAUAUAUUGAAGUUUAUUUCCUUUUGUUAGCCAUACAAGCUACAUGUGAGACCUUUCACACGGAUAUGUUAUGUGGCUUCAGACUGCUGCUAUAUAUUGACAGCUCCUCUGCACUCUGAUUUCACAUCAUUGUACUCCAUCAGAUAGUUCAUUAUAUUCACGCUGCCGCCCCACUGAAACUAGCACCAUUU